AUGGACCGUGCCAACGCCCUCCAACGGGAGCUUCGAGAAGAGGCAGAUGCCUUUCAAGCCAUACAGCAAGACGUCAACAAGAACCAUAACGCCAGGCAGCAGUUCCUCCAACAGCAGAACGAGAACGAGAUGGUGUUUAAGGAGCUGGAGAUAUCUGGCGAGGAGGGUGCCGUGUACAAGCUUAUAGGCCCUGCACUGGUGCGACAGGACGCUCUGGAGGCCAGGGCCAAUGUGAAGAAGAGGCUGGAGUUCAUUGCAUCCGAGCUGGCCCGCCUGGAUUCGCAGCUCAAGGCUCUCGAGGAGAAGCAAACCAGGAAACAUAACCAGGCAAGCAUGAUGAUCAAGCUGCAGCAAGAGGCACAGCGGUUGCAGCAGCAGGCUGUGCAGACGGCUUAG